AUGCGUACAAACGCCUUUGUCAAGGAGGCCUUCUUGACCAAGUCUCGUUGCGUCCUCAAGUGCAUCGAGUUCAAAUGCAAGAGUAUCGAUGAACUGGGAAAGAAGGAGAUUACCAUGCUGAACAUCAUGGCUAUCUACGGGUAUAAGUUGUUUGAUCCGGGAGAAAAAGCGUGGCAGGUGAAGAUGCCGUUCAUUCUACAGAGUAUGCAUCGCAACAAAGAGCUUGCAAGUCCAAGCGUAUCAAUAAAUGCGCCGAUUCAGUUCAAGGACGAAUUGUUUGGCGAAGAAAGACUGCGCGGCGAGGUAUGCAAUUUUGACUUGUUAAUGGAGUGGCAACAUCUCUGCGAGACCAGCCACAUUCGUCCCGGAAUUGAUGCAACCGGUGGAAUACAGAUUCGGCUCAUCGAUGUGGUUGAUCUAUGCAUCAUCGAGUAUGAGGGGCCAGCCGGCGACUUGCCGCUCUGGUCUUCACGCGCAGGCAAGUAUACUGGGAGUGUCCCACGUGCACUUGGUGCGAAGAAACACAUUGGGAGUCCAAAUCUCUAG